AUGGGCGAGUCAAGGCAGGAGCUGCUCGCGUGGCUCAAUGGCCUGUUGCAGCUCAAUAUCACGAAAGUUGAGCAGUGCGGUACUGGUGCCGCGUUCUGCCAAAUAUACGACUCCGUCUUCCUCGACCUUCCUAUGUCACGAGUGCGGUUCAACGCGACCAGCGAAUAUCAGUACCUCGAAAACUUCAAGAUACUGUCGAAUACCUUCCGCAAGCACCACGUUGAUCGUACACCUCCCGUUGAGCAGCUGGUGAAAUGCAAGAUGCAAGACAACCUCGAAUUCCUGCAGUGGAGCAAGCGAUACUGGGACCAAUAUUAUCCUGGUGGCGAUUACGAUGCGGUAGCAAGACGGAAAGGUGCUGGACCAGGUGCUGCGCCCGCGAUGCCACCUCCCGCAAGAGCAGCUCCAACAAACACAGGUGCGAGGCGACCAGUGGGUGGCGCGGCGGCCGCACCGAGGACGACUAGUAGGCAGACGGGAAGUGGCGGCCCAGCAAGCGCAGCACUGCAGCAGAAGAACACGGAACUUGUGGAGACGGUGCAGGGUCUAGAACGGGAGCGGGACUUCUACUUUAGCAAGUUACGGGACAUUGAGCUGUUGAUACAGCAAGCGAUGGAGGCAGAUCCUGUGCUGGAGGAGGAUGAGGGCAGCCUGUUGAAGCAGAUACAGACGAUCCUCUAUUCGACAGAAGAGGGGUUUGAGAUACCAGCAGAGGCCGAAGGUGAGGUAGCGGGCGAAGAGGAGACGUUUUGA